GACUAGCUGGACCGGAAGUAGCUUGACGUAGUCCUUGUUUAAUCCCAGUCAUGUUACUAUAACGGGAGGCUGACUGGAAGCCGGGGAGAGGAUGUGGCUUCUAAUUAUCUUCCCAAGGCCUCUCCUAAUAUUGUGUUCUAGUUCCGUGUGAGCUCCCUCUACACACAGCCCGGCCCUCCAUCACCCUGACAUGACCGGACACCCAGUCUGCCGCCCUUUACUGACAAGAGCACAGCUGUGACCGGCAGGCACAGCACCGCAUCCCCGGGACGAGGCACAGGAAGACGUCUGCUUCAGGCGGUGAGAUGGCCAACCAGCCUGUCAUCCUUAAUGUGUAUGACAUGUACUGGAUCAAUGAAUACACAUCAGGCUUAGGAAUUGGUGUCUUCCACUCUGGUAUUCAGGUGUAUGGUAGAGAAUUUGCGUAUGGAGGUCACCCAUAUCCAUUCUCUGGUGUAUUUGAGAUCACUCCUGGGGAUUCCACAGAGUUGGGAGACACAUUUAAAUUCAAGGAAGCGAUUGCUUUGGGAAGCACAGAUUUUACAGAGAAUGACAUUGAAAAAAUAGUCGAAGAACUUGGAAAAGAGUUUAAAGGAAAUGCCUAUCAUCUUAUGCACAAAAAUUGCAACCACUUCUCCUCGUCUCUGUCAGAGAUCCUCUGCGGCAAGGAGAUACCCCGCUGGGUAAACCGAUUGGCAUACUUUAGUUCCUGUGUACCUUUUCUACAAAGCUGUCUACCUAAGGAAUGGUUGACUCCUGCUGCCCUCCAGUCUAGUGUCAGCCAGGAGCUGCAGGAAGAGCUGGAAGAAGCAGAAGAUGCAGCUGCCUCGGCCUCCAGUUCUACAAAUAUAAUGCCCCGACCUGGACGCCACACUAAGUUAUAGGAAAACACUUACGGGAGAACUGCAAUGAAAUGCAAUUGUUUUUAAAGUCAGUGAUCCUAAUCUCCAGCAACUGACACUCUUCUGUCUAUCAGUGGGCAGGAGAUCUACAUUGGGGCACAGGAGCCUACUUUCUUUUGAAGUAUUUCAGCUCAGGAUAUUUGUACUUUGUAACAGAACAUAAUGCAAUGACACUAUUGUUUUCGUCCAACUAUUCACCAUCCUACUAAACUUUUUUUUUUUUUUUUAAACCUGUCGUGUACAUUUCUAACUUUUUUAUUGAAAUUUCCUCUCCAGUAUUUUUUUUUUCCCAACAACUCCUAUAAUUUUACCUUUGGCUAACAAGAACUUUGAAGUAUUGCUCUCUUGACCCAAAUGAAGAAAAAGUUCAGUCCAUUAACUCAGCUGAGCAGUCCAAUUGUACCUGUAUUCUCAGUGCUCUUUUGGAGUAUCCUGCCAACUUUCAUACCAGUGCAGCGUUCUUAUUUUUUUUUUUAUUAUUGGUUGAAGUGGUCAUCUCUUGGUGAAGCUCAUCAGUUGAUAGUUUACAGUGUUAUUUUUCUUGCCACUACUGUCUUGAUCCAUUGCAAGAUAAAGCUCUAAGACCUAUCACACUGACGAAAACAAAAUUUUAUGUAUUUAAACCAAAUACACCUGGAUGAAGUUGCUUGACAA